UCUCCCCCCCACACCCACACUACAUAUAUAUCUCCUCAUUUCAUAUUUCCUCUCUACAAUCUCUCCGCCUUCAAACUUCAAACCUCUCUCUCUCUCUCUCUCUCUCAAAUUUGUUUUCCCUUCUUAUCCUUUUUUGGGUUUCAAAACUGGUACCAGACAAAGGGCGGUAAGAACGAACCUCGGAAAACAUCAAACAAAACAUUUUAUUUUAUUUUAUUUUUUUUAAAAAAAAAAAUUUCUACUUAAAACUCCUAGGCUCCAUAUCUAAUAUCUAUCCAAAAACAUCCACCUCUUCCUUCCACACAAACUUUGAGGACGACAUGGGACGCUCCCCUUGCUGUGAAAAAGCGCACACCAACAAAGGCGCCUGGACCAAAGAGGAAGACCAGCGCCUCAUCGACUACAUCCGCGCCCACGGCGAAGGCUGCUGGCGCUCGCUCCCCAAAUCCGCCGGAUUGCUUAGAUGCGGCAAGAGUUGCAGAUUGAGGUGGAUAAACUAUCUCCACCCUGACCUCAAGCGUGGUAAUUUCACUGAAGAAGAAGAUGAACUCAUCAUCAAGCUUCAUAGUUUGCUGGGAAACAAAUGGUCUUUGAUUGCGGGAAGAUUACCGGGAAGAACUGACAACGAGAUCAAGAACUACUGGAACACGCACAUCAAGCGGAAGCUCAUCAGCCGUGGCGUCGACCCACAAACUCACCGCCCCCUCAAGGAGAUCGCCGGCCCCAACGCCAACGCCGCAGCUUCCCACUUAGAUUUCAGAAAUUCCUCCCCACCGUCUUUUCCGGUGGCGGCCGGAAUCACCGCCGUGAAUCAGCCAAACAACGACGUCCACAACUUCGCCACGUUGCAGCCGAAGACCGAGUCGGUUGAAGAUGCCAACUGCACCAGUAGCGGCACGACAACCGAGGAAGAACCGCCACAGCUGCAAAACCGCCGACAACAACAACAACAACAACACCGGCAAGAAGCAUGUGAGAUCAGCGAGCUCAAUUUGGAGCUUUCUGUUGGGCUUGGGCCGUUUCAGGCCGAGUCGACUCGGCUGUCUUUUGGAAACACGGCCGAGUCGAAGCUCCAACAAGUUCCUUUCCAGUCGGCCAUGGUGACACAGGCGGUGUGUUUGUGUUGCCAUUUAGGGUUCCAGAGCAAUGGGUUGUGUGGGAAUUGCCAGAACUCUAAUGGGUUCUAUAGAUAUUACAGACCCAUGGAUUCGUAGAUUUUUUUCUUUUUUCUUUUUUAUUUUCAUAACUUUCUUAAUUAAUGCUUUUACCUGCCAAUGUAAUCAUAUCCCAUUUUUAGAUAUAUCUCAAUCAUACCAAGUAGAGGAACAUGUGUAUCACUCUUCCCAAAUUAUCAAUUACUUUUGGGAUUCUUUGUCUUA